UCUUAUCAGGGGCAUAGUGUAGCUCUGUACGUUUUUGUUCUGUAAAAAAAAAAAUCGAAAGCAGAGGUCAGCCAAUAGCUUGAGUCACACAGGUCCGUAUCCUGUGGAGCAGCCGGAUUCGCUGCACUGCGAAUAAUAAGGGACAAGUUUUCCAAGUCAGAAAAACGUGGAAAUCGCCAACCAAGAGUCCAUGUACUACUUCAUGGGAUUUUUCCUUUCAAAUACAAAUGAUCUAAGCGGAUACUGCUUCUAAACGCGUGCAACCCGACAUGAUUUAAAUAAGAAAGGGCGCCGUGAAGCUAACAGAGGCAAAAUGAAGACUGACCUUUCAAGAGCUGCUUUUAUUUUUCUAAUUUUCUGGGAUCGGGUGGUGCAGACCAAAGGAGAAUGCGAGGAGGUUCUGAGGAACUCCGAGGUGAACCUGACUGUCAAGUACGACCUCCCCAGUUUUGUGGCUGACACCUUCAUACAAAACCUGGUCGUGUUUAAGGGCCACAUCUACCUCGGAGCUGUGAACAAAAUUCAUAUGUUGACUGAAGACCUGCAGAAGCUCUCCGAGUACAAGACGGGACCUGUGCGGGAAAGCAAGGACUGUCAGCCGUGCAGAGAUUGUAAAGAUAAGGCCAAUUCCACUGUAAGUGUACUGAAAGAUAACAUUAACAUAGCCUUGCUUGUUGAAACGUACUACGACGACGAGCUCUUUAGCUGUGGCACGGUCAGCAAUGGCAUUUGUCAACGCCAUGUACUGGCGGAUGAUCUUCCCGACCUAAACUCGGACGUGCAGUGCAUGUUUUCCCCCAAAACCAAUGGGGGCCAACACGGGUGCCCCGACUGCAUAGUGAGCCCCUCAGGAACCCAGGUCUUGAACGUUCAAAGCAAUGGGAUUGUGAUUUUCUUUGUUGGAAACACGGCGACCCCCUCUCUUCCCUGGCAACCUUUGCAGCACUCUAUAUCGGUCAGGCGCAUGAAGGAAACGCAGGACGGUUUUAGUUUUUUCUCGGACCAGUCCUACAUGGAUAUUAUUCCAGAACUGAGGGACGGCUAUCCCAUUAAAUAUGUCCACGCCUUUACGAGCGGCCCGUAUGCCUACUUUCUGACUGUGCAGAAGGAGACGGCCAGCUCCCAGUCCUUUCACACGAGGAUUGUGAGAAUAUGCUCUUCGGACACCGAGCUACGGCGGUACGUGGAAAUGCCUCUGGAGUGCAUCUUGACGGAGAAGCGCAGGAAGAGAUCAACAAGGACGGAAACCUUCAACGUCCUGCAAGCUGCUUACGUCGCGAAGCCUGGAGAGGCACUGGCGGAAGAGAUGGGCCUCUCGAUGGAUGAUGAUGUGCUCUUCGCGGUCUUUGCCCGGAGCAAGCCGGAUUCUCCCGAGCCGGCGAACAAGUCUGCCGUCUGUGCUGUACCCAUUAAAGUGCUUAACAGAUUCAUCAAUGCCGAGAUUCGGAAAUGCUACACCAAGCAACUGUACCAUUUCAAAGGCUCACACGAGAAGCAGUGCUACAAUGUGAGCUUGCCAGAUGACACAUCAGGGUGUGGGAAGCAUGGAGAGGGGUACCAGCUGGAAGUCACAACCACCAUGCAGCGCCUGGACUUGUUCUUCGGGCAGUUCAGCAACGUCCUGCUGACCUCCAUCGCAGUGUUCACCCGGGGGGAGUUCACCGUAGCCAAUCUGGGGACUUCUGAGGGCCGAGUUAUUCAGGUUGUGAUUUCCCGUUCAGGACAAAGAACUCCUCACGUAAAUUUCCAGUUGGACACUUUGCCAGUUUCUCCUGAAGUGGCCGUGGUAUCGGCUGAAAAACCGGAUGGCUUUUCAUUGUUGAUCACAGGAAACAAGAUCACAAAGGUUCCAUUGUGGGGACCAGGAUGUGAUCAUUUCUUGUCCUGCAGCUCAUGCCUGUUGGCCCCUGUGUUCAUGAGCUGCGGAUGGUGCCAGGACCGCUGCUCCAGAGCACACCAGUGCAGCCCUGGCCUCUGGACUCAGGAAACCUGCCCCCCAGCUAUCUCUAAGAUAUCUCCACUCAGUGCACCCUUAGGAGGUGGAACAAAGUUAACGAUCUGUGGAAGAGAUUUUGGUUUCAAUAAAAGUGAAAAGUUUGAUUCAAGAAAAAUCGCUAUUGAUGUAGGUGGCUCUCCAUGUAAACUGGAUACAAGAAGCAGCAACAGUAAUAAGUUGGUGUGUUCACUGGGGGAGGUGAAGAGCAAACGUAAUAAUGUUGACAUUGAAGUGCACAGUGGGAAUCAUGCAGCUAAAGUAAAAGGAUUUUCUUAUGUGAAUCCAGUUAUAAAUGAAAUCUUUCCUGUGUCUGGGCCUAAAUCUGGAGGAACGAUAUUAAGCUUAAAAGGAGCAUUCUUAGACAGUGGAAACGCCAGACAAAUUACUGUUGGAAAUUCGGUGUGCGUAUUGGAAAGUGUGUCAGAAACUUUGUUGAAAUGUAAGACUCCACCUCAGACUGCACCUUCACAAUUUCCUGUGAAAUUGAAGAUUGACUCUACUCUCCUUGAAGCUCCUUCGUACACCUACAAUGAGGAUCCUUUCAUAUCCAACAUUCAGCCAUCAAGGUCCUUUAUCAGUGGAGGAAGUACAGUUUCUGCACAUGGAGUCUAUUUGCACUCUGCUCACUCCCUGCAAAUGGUUAUUGUCCCACCACAAGAGGGAAAGGAAUUUCAAGUGGCAUGCACACAAGGUGAAGACAAGCAUGUAAUCUACUGCACAACCCCCUCUCUGAAAGACCUGAAGCUUCUGCCUCCUGUGGUGACAAAGGUCUCUUUCAUCUUCGAUGGUUUUGCCACGAGACAGUUUGACUUACUGUACGUGGAAGAUCCGAAAUUUGAAGAAUUCGAGAAACCGAAAAUUACUUCAAGAGGCAACAAAAACAUUUUGGAGAUAAAAGUACCCCAACUGGACAAAGUGGCUGUGCAAGGUGAAGUACUUAAAGUGAGCAACAGGAGCUGUGAGAAUAUCCAUCUGGUGGGAAACACAAUAGUGUGCACAGUUCCCAUGGAGCUCCAGGCAGGCAACAAUGAACUUGAAGUGGAGUGGAAGCAAGCAAUGUCAUCCGUUGUCCUUGGGAAAGUAAUGCUUGCCCAGGAGCAGGACUAUACUGGGCUUAUAGGAGGUGUGACUUCAGUAAGCAUCCUGCUCCUUGUGGUGUUGGGUCUCUUCAUGUGGAUGAGGAAAAAGAAACAUAUUGAAGAUUUAGAUGAGGGAAUGGUUUGGUAUAACGGGAGAUCCCAUACUCCACACUUGGAAAUGUUGGCUAAUGCAAGGAGUGUCAGCCCGACAAAUGAAAUGGUUUCCCAUGAAUCUGUUGAUUACAGAUCUACUUUGCUUGAGGAUCAGAGUCAGACUCUGUCCCAGACCGAGUCCUGCAGGCUGCCCUCGUACCCGCACUCAGACAUGUCCCCGAUUCUGUCCAGCGGAGAGACGGAUCUAGCCACCCCUCUGCUUCCUUCCUCUGUUCACAUUGACAUUAGCAGCCUCAACCCCGAGCUCCUGAAGGAAGUUCAGCACGUGGUCAUAGCCCGGGAUGACCUUCUCCUGCACCUUAAUGAAGUCAUAGGAAGAGGGCACUUUGGUUGUGUUUUUCAUGGAACUCUAUUGGAUAAAGAGGGCCUGAAACUUCAUUGUGCAGUAAAAUCUCUUAACAGAAUUACAGACAUUGAAGAAGUAUCUCAGUUUCUCAAAGAAGGAAUCAUCAUGAAAGAUUUCAGCCAUCCUAAUGUUCUCUCACUGCUGGGCAUCUGUCUUCCAAGUGAAGGGUCUCCUUUAGUUGUACUGCCCUACAUGAAACAUGGUGACCUUAGGAACUUCAUCAGGGAUGAGAGUCAUAACCCAACGGUCAAGGAUCUCAUGGGGUUUGGGCUUCAGAUAGCAAAAGGCAUGGAAUAUCUUGCCAGCAAGAAGUUUGUGCAUAGGGAUCUAGCCGCCAGGAACUGUAUGCUGGACGAAAACUACACAGUUAAAGUUGCUGAUUUUGGUCUUGCGAGAGAUGUCUAUGACAAAGAAUACUACAGUGUACACAACAAAAGUGGGGUCAAAUUACCUGUGAAGUGGAUGGCAUUGGAGAGCUUACAGACUCACAAAUUUACAACAAAGUCGGAUGUGUGGUCUUUUGGAGUGCUUCUGUGGGAGCUGAUGACCAGAGGAGCCCCUCCUUAUUCAGACAUCAACUCCUUCGACAUCACUGUCUUCUUACUGCAGGGCAGAAGGCUGCUGCAGCCGGAGUUCUGCCCUGACUCACUGUACAAUGUGAUGAUUGAAUGUUGGCACCCUAAACCAGAACGCCGGCCAACUUUUUCAGAGCUGGUUGCUAGGAUCUCUUCCAUUUUCUCGAGUUUUUGCGGAGAGCAUUACAUCCUGCUGAACACAACGUACGUUAACAUCGACAGACUCACGCCCUACCCUUCCCUCAUCUCCUCCCAGUCCAGCCUGGACCGGGAAUGCUGCACAUGAGGCAAGAGUCUUUUGCACACAAUAAUGAUGCACUGUAUGACGCCUUGAGAAAAAAUGUCAAAUGAAAAGAUGCCACUGCUCUUGUGGUCACGACUGUCCUGGUCCGAUGCACACAGAGAUAUGACGGAUUUAUCCUACAGAAGCAAAACUACAAGAAUACAGUCAUCCUUCUCAUGACAGGUUACUCCACGGAGUCGAUCCCGAACGGAUCUGGGACAGCUACCAGGAGCUGUAGUCCAAAAACAAGAUUCAUAGAUGUCCACUGUUUUUCCACACUCCAGCCCCUAGUCAUGGAUAAGGAUCAAACCUACUGCCAAGAGCAACAUGGAUUGGGACUCAUUAUCAUUGAGGCGUUUCUGAAUUAAACGCAUACUACUGAGGAUGUUCAAAGCUUAAUGCAUUUGCUGGGGCACCCAACCAGAGUUGUUUUUCUCUUCAGCCUAAUUAUUUCACACUCGAGCCCAAAUACUAUUAAAACAUGGUAUGUUGCAUAUAUCUUCAAAUGUUUGGUCCUUCUAUUCUUCAGUACAGAGUGGAAAAUUAUAGUACUUUCAUGCAGAUGGCAUAGAUUUGUGGCACAGUUCACAGCUAAAUGAGAAGCAGUACACUGGAUAUUUUAUGUACUACUAACAGAAAUUAAGUCCUGUUGUGUAUAUAGUAAUUGGUGACUUUCAAUGUACAGUAUGUGUUCCUGUGGAAAGUAUUGGCAUUCUUGUCCUUUAUAGUUUGUUUUGGGCUUGCUGCUGUUUUGUGUAGCUCAGUAGUGAUCAGUAGGUUUUAAUAUUUGUUUACACUCUGGAAGUACUAUAUUUUUUUAUAGAAAGAUAAAGAAUAUAUUUAAAAUCUUCUAUCAAUCCACAGGAACAUCAUGGGCAAUUUCAAGCCGUGGUACAUAUAAUUGUUACAUACAGUAUGUAGACUAUUACAAAUCCAGUGCUUGUGUAAAUACUGUAUAAAUGAAUGCACUGAAAUAUUUGUCAAGUUGUGUCCUGUUGAAAUAUGUGGAUGUAUGUGUAUAUAUAUACACGUUACCCCACUUUGGAAAUUAUUACAAAUAAUGGUACAUGUUAUGAUACUAUGUUCUCGGUAUGUCUUGCUGAAAUAAAACUAUAAUAAAAAUGAGAUUUUGUUGAUGAUAUAAUAACUGUGUCAUGAUGGACUGUGCCUCGAAUAUAUUGAGUAACCAAUAAAAUUAUUGAUCGGAAUAGGGAUUUUUUUUUUGGU